GUGUACUCCCCCUUCCGACAUUUGUCGAUCUGUAAUUUUAUCGUGGAUGUGAUGUUUUUUUUUGUUUUAAAGUUUUGCAGCUGCUUGUUGUGUUGUGGCACAGAACUGAGGUAAGAUCAUGCAAGCUGCCCAGCAGAGAGGAAUCUAUGUAAGCCAGUCUGAGUUCCACUGCAAGGACGGCUGUGGGUACUAUGGCAACCCUGCAUGGCAAGGCUACUGCUCUAAGUGCUGGCGCGAGCAUACCCGGAGUGCACAUGUGGACAGACAGCACAACGACAUUCAGGCUCAGGGCUCCACAUCCAGUGAUGGCAGGCCUCCUCACCCCUUGUCAAGGUUUGAGGAGAAGAAGAGUUUAGAGAAGGUGCGGCAGGGAAACACUGUAAGGUGGCUCUUCUGGGGCUCAUCUCCCCCUGCUAAGCAACAAGAACCUUCUGAGGUUCAGGAGGCUGCCUUGAUGGCCUUCCAGAAACUGGAGCCAGGGGACUUUACCAACUUCCUGAAGCUGCUGCGCAAGCCUUUCUCCCAGCGCCUCCAGUCUCGCUGCACCGCUUUUCUCAAAACCAUGGAGGCCUGCCAUGACUUGCCUGUGCAGAAGCAGUCAGACCUGGUCCAUGAUUUCUACCAGAGCAUUGCUGAACACUUCAGCAGCUUAUCUGAGGAACAGACUGCACAGGUGAUGGAGCACAUUGAGAAGCUCAUCAUGACCCGGCUCCACAAGUGGGUCUUCUGCCAUGACAGCUCUGAUGAUGAACAGAAGGAUCUGACACUACAGAAGAGGAUCAAGGCACUCGGCUGGGUUACACCUCAGAUGCUGCGUGUCUCCGUCCCUAUAGAAAAGUCAGCACUCAGUGACCCUUUCCUACCAGCCAUUACAGCCAUAAUUGAGAUGGAUGCCAAGCGAGCCCCCCAGGACAAACUGACCUGCGUGUCAAAGUGCAGCCAGAAUGUGUUCCAGGCUUUGGCCUCUUUGAGUCAUGAGCCUGCUAAUGCUGAUGACUUCCUGUCCGGCCUGAUCUACGUGGUGCUGAAGGCCAAUCCACCACGGCUGCACUCAAACAUGCAGUACAUCAUUCGCUUUGGCUUGCCACACAGCCUGAUGGCUGGGGAAGGCGGCUACUACUUCACCAACCUGUCCUGUGCUGUGGCAUUUAUUGAGAAGCUGAAUGGACCAGCACUCAACCUGACCCAAGAGGAGUUUGAAGACCAUAUGCGGGGCCGGUCACUGGCUCUCUCUAGUAUGGAGACCUCUAGUGAGGGUCAGCGGAGGGCCAGAGAGACACGAGAUCAGCUGGAGGAGCUGCAGGGUCGUCAAGAAAGAGUACACAGAGGGGUCCAGGCCCUGCAGGAGCAGCUGGAGCAGUGGGUCCAGUCUGUGCAGGCUCAGGUGGAUGAAGUUGUAUCUUAUUCAAUCCAAGUACAGGCACAUGGGGUAACUGCCCAUACAGUACCGGUUCAGCUGAAUGAGCCUAUAUCUCUGUCGAAGUCAGAAGAGACAGAGAAAACCAGAACUCCAUCAGUUUUUGUACAUAAGAAUGAGGCAGUGACACAGUUAUUUGCAGAGUGUGUAGAUGAUGUCACAGCUCAUGAAUUAACUGUCCAAAAUUCUAGCAGCACUGCAACAGCACACUAACUUUUUGACAAAGGCUAGAGUAGGAUCUGCCAAGGUGUGAAUGGCUCUCUUUAAAGCUUGACUUUGUGGGUAAAAAUAGGGUACUGUGACUUAAACUCAGGCGUUGAAACUGCUUGGGGUUUUUUUUUUUUUUUUCUUCCUUAAGAUUUGUGAAACCCACUUGGAAGAAAGGUGUGUCAAACAGCUCUGGAAGUGCUUAAAUUUCUCACCUCUGUCUUGUGGCAUAGUUUAUCACCACUAUAGCUUUUAUACUGUUUUAUAGUGCUGUAUUUCUGCAGCACAGCACUUUCUGCAACCAAAACCAUGUCUUGCAAAUAUGUAUUUAAGAUUUGUACUGUUUAUACAAAUGUAGGUGACAUUACCUUCUGUUUACAUUCCUGACCUUAUGGUAGUGAAGGUGCCUUUCCUAAUUAUUUAUUUGUUCAGUAUGUAAGAUGAGUUUGAAUAUUCCUGAUACAGGGUUCUCAGCUUGUGUGGUAGGCUCUCUAAUAUUAGUCUGUUCCAUGUAUGGAACAUUACUGAUAACAAAGUACUGUUUUUGAUUUAAGGGGCAGGUGCCAAAAAAACUUGAUUAUCUCUUUAUUUUACCUGUAGUCAUGAGCCAAACUGCCUGUGCCACUCAGCUGCCUGAGCUGCCAUGCUCUAUGAAUUCCACUUUGUACUAAGGGCUUCAGGGGUCACAUCCUCAAAAGUAUCCCUAGAUAAAACUGUUACACUGGAGUCCAGGGUAAUUCUCCCUGGAAAGUCUUUCACCUGUUAAAAAGCGUGUUAGUGGGUGCUUGUGGGGAGGAUGUCUCAGUGUAUAAGGCUUUAGUCCAUGAGGAGGUUUUAGAUUUGUCUUGUUUUUGAAAGAGUUUUCAUACUUCAUGGGGGGGGGGAAGUAUUAGUUUUCUGGAGUACUAAUGAAUUACCAUUUAAAGGAGAAAUUAUACAUGUAUCCUCAAAUGGAUUUUAGUUUUCAUUAACUUCUGAAGUAAGAAUACAGGCUAAUCAACUGUUUGAGAGACCUGACUGUUUACACGUGCAAAUGAAGUAACAGACCUAAUGAAGUAUUGACACACGUCAUAUGUAUUUGCACAUGUAUCAUUAAAUUAAAUGGAU